AUGGUUGCAGGCGUUCAGAUUCACACAAAGGUCGAUGCUCAUAGUCCUCAAUCUCACAUCCUCACCGAUGAUGCACUUGCCUUUCUCGCUGCACUCCAUAGGACGUUUGAGUCUACCAGACAUAGCCUCCUAGUUGCGCGCGAUAUUGCGCAGCGCAAGUUUGACUCGGGAGUGCCUCUUGAUUUUCCUCCUGAAACAGCGCACAUCCGUGCUGAGCCCUCAUGGCACUGCGCACCCCCUGCACCCGGUCUUGAAGACAGACGCGUCGAGAUCACCGGCCCUACUGAUCGCAAGAUGGUCAUCAACGCUCUCAACAGUGGUGCAAAAACCUUUAUGGCAGAUUUCGAAGACUCCAGUGCUCCUACGUUCGCAAACAUGAUCAAUGGCCAAGUCAACCUGCGCGACGCCAUAAAGCGUCAGAUCGACUUCGAGUCUGGCGGCAAGAAAUACAAGCUAUCUGAGAAACCAGCAGUGCUCAUCGUUCGGCCUAGGGGCUGGCACUUGGACGAGACGCGCAUCACGGUCGACAACACCCCUGUCUCGGGUUCUCUCUUCGAUUUUGGACUUUACUUCUUCCACAAUGCCAAGGAACUCAUCAAACGCGGCUCAGGCCCCUACUUCUAUCUUCCAAAGAUGGAGCACUAUCUCGAAGCCCGUCUAUGGAACGACGUCUUCCUCUUCUCCCAGUCCUAUAUUAGAAUACCCCAUAACACAAUCAGGGCGACUGUUCUCAUCGAGACGCUUCCCGCGGCGUUCCAAAUGGAGGAAAUUCUCUUCGAGCUCAGAAACCACUCUGCCGGAUUGAACUGUGGAAGAUGGGACUAUAUUUUCAGCGCCAUCAAGAAGCGAAGGGCAGACAGAAGCGCCGUCUUACCAGAUAGGAAAGACGUUACUAUGACAGUGCCAUUUAUGGAUUCGAGGAAAGUUGCUGCUAUGGGCGGCAUGUCUGCUCAAAUCCCUAUCAAGGAUGACCCUCAAGCCAACGAGGUGGCAAUGGAGAAGGUUCGAGCAGACAAGCUCCGCGAGGUCACUGCUGGCCAUGAUGGCACCUGGAUUGCGCACCCCUUGAUCAAUCAGAUUGCUCGCAAAGUAUUCGACGAAAAUAUGCUCGGUCCUAACCAGUACCACGUCAGACGUGAGGAUGUGAAAGUAGCUGCCGCAGACUUGUUGAAUUCCAGCGUUCCCGGAAAGAUCACGGAGGACGGCAUCCGCUCCAAUGUCUCCGUGGCUCUGGCAUACUGUGGGGCCUGGAUCGGCGGUAAUGGCUGUAUCCCUCUCAACUACCUGAUGGAGGACGCGGCUACUGCUGAGAUCGCACGUGUGCAGCUCUGGCAGUGGGUGAAAUAUGGCGCACGUAUCGACACUGGCGAGCAGAUUACGACGCAGCACCCUGGCAUCAAGAAGAUCGCCCCGGGCGUCAAGGAAAACCAGUUAUCAAUUGCCAAGAAGUAUCUCAUGGAGCAAAUCAGGCAACAAUGGCCAAGCGAAUUUUUGACGAGUGACUUGAUGCCAUACUUGACGAUGGCUGAUGGCGUCGAGGACAAGUGGUACAGGAGCUCUUUGUAA